CUGGGGUACGGUAAGUACAUGCUGUGACAAUGCGUGCCUACCUGCCUGGUGGCUCGCUUUGGCUUACCCGAAGAGGCAUUCGUCGGCCUCCUACCAGCCCCUGCAGUACCCGCAGAGGUAUACAAUCAUCUCUCCUUGAAUACAAGUAUUUUCAACAAGAUUUUAUGACUAUGCUUCUUAGAUAACGAUCCCCCACCUGACGCUGUCCGGUAUGGCAACCACCACGAUGCAAAUCAACGACCUAAGAACGAGAAGGAAGGUGCCUUUAAGACACUCUCUGCUCUUCAACAAGGCCAAACAUAGCAAAGACUGGCACCAAUCGAUUGACUCUGUCGCCGGCGUACUACACCCCUCGGACUCGAAAUUUCCAUAUCACCUGCUUCGACAGGCCACCGACGCCUACAUCAAGAAGAAGGGCAAGAUCACGCAGGCAGACGCUGACAUCCGCUUGGCUAUACUCAUCGAUGGCCACGAGACAAGAGAUUUCGCUGUUGCUGCCACAGCUCAUGCCAUCACAGCAACGAGCUUAAGGGCCAUACUCCAUGUAGAUUUGAACGUUGCACAUGGGAGCUACUGGGGUCUUGAGACAUGGCUGCAAUGUCUGAUCGCAGCGAAUUAUGGAAACCCAGCCGCUGUAACGGAUUUGGAAGCAACAUGGGCACGAAAUCUGUUGCCCUUCGCACAACACGGGCCAGGAGCCGCAGGUAAAUUGCUGGUUGGUAUAAGCCGAGUCCUAAGGGAAUGCGCGACGCCAAGCAUGAACAUGGUUCCCGAGUUCUUGAACUUGAUCAGCCGGGCUCUGACAGACUACGCGGCACACUUGGAAGGCUUACGUUUGAAGAAUGACUGGAUCGCAUCUUAUGGGGCCUCGUGUUGGAUGACUGGACUGGGGGGUUCAACUCCAGCCUCAACACCACCCGGCUCUCUCUUCCCCGAACACAUACUCGAUGCCCGGUUCCCGGUGUGGCGAGUCUGGGCAAACUGGAGGCCAGACCUCAGACUCGUGCGGGUUCUAGGCUCUAUCGAGGGUAACAGUACUGCGGUGUUGUCGGAUCUUCUAGCUCUAGAAGGUCCUGAUAUCAUCCGUGGAACCAAACAUACACUACGAGAAGGUUUAGUUGAGCAGUACAGCUCGGAUCGAGGCUUUGUCAAACUCGGCACAUUACUCAUCGAGGUUCCUGGCCGUACAAAGGAUGGAUUGAGAGAGAUACUGGAGAGCGCCAUCUCGACACUAGGAUCGAUUUGGACUGCGGCAGCAUCAAAAGAUCGACCGCAGCUUUUCAGACUCUUCACAGAGCUCACUAUCGCACGCCCAAUGACGCAAGAAGCUUUGAACCUUGUCCAGGCUGCACUGUUCAUUUCAGGCAGCGCACAGGUGGGCUUCGAUUCCGACUUCACAGACGCUGUGCUGUGCAUUUACACCGCCAAAUAUGACCUUGGAGGAGAUCAUGUCCAAGAGUUACAGACACUCAUUCACUUAUUUGACCAAGAUUGUGCAUCUGGCAUUCGAAGGAUCUUAUCAACGCCUGCCCUCUUCCAAGGCAUCAAUAAAUGCAUCUAUGAGUGUCAGGCCGCCAUUCGUAUGCUUAUCGAACAAGGCCAGCCGUGGACAGAGCUAGCACUAGAGUUCCACACGUUCUGCUCUGUCCUGAAGACCUCGAAGUACAUUCCGAUUGUUGGCGAGAAGGUGAUCGAACAGAUGUGUGUAUUACUACCAUCGAAAGAACAGCUAUCAAUGGCUUUCGAUAUCUACUCUGCUGCACGCGCUCAGAGAUCCGUGCCUUACCAAUCGAGCGCCACGGACAGAAUGACCGACAAAGGCAGCCUCCUCGGAAGACCUGAAGAGCGAGUAUCCGCGCCAUCAUUCCCCGCAGGCGAGGAUCGGCCAAUGGAACGCUCUUUGGAAGAAGUCGUAGAGCAGUUCUUCCUGCACCGCCUCCUUUCCCAGCAAGUAGCUAGCUACACCUCGCAACGUACCUUCGACGCGAUCCUGAGCGUCUGGGAGGAUGAUUCUGCAUCGAAACUUACUCGGGAUCGACGGUUGCUGGCCAUUCUUGUUGCAAGAAUUACUGCAGACGACGAAGAUCUUCGUAUCAGAUGUCUCAAUGGAAUUGCUUCAACCGAAGAGCAACUGAGCCCCGGUCUCCCCCUUCACGCCCUUUGGGCCAUAUUGCAAGCCACGGACAAGUCGUCUAAGGAACGGAUCGUCAAGCUCAUCCGGCUCCUGGCUGGCUGCUCCAGUGGUCAAGACUUUAAGGCACAGCUUCUGUGCUGGAGAGAUCUUACGUAUCACCUGCUCACCCGGAAAAGCAGACAUGGUGUUUUCGAAGAAGCAGAUUUGGCGGAGCAUGCCUUGAGUACGAUGGAAGCAGCAGAAUGGAUCGCCUUCUUGGAAGACGCGCACUCUGUAUUCGCCUCCGGACCGGCACUUCCAUCAGAUGAGAACGAUGUACCGUCCAUUCUCCAGUCCGAAUUACAGAGAUGUAGGGCGGAGAUUGCUCCCUAUACCGAUACUCUCACGCGACUUGAAACAGCUUUGGGACACCAGAGCGAGCCUGUUAGAUGCAUGCUGAGCAGAGACGGUGUACGAAUCAGUACUGUUGUGGGUAUAUUGCAGACGCUGUGGUCUGGGGAGGGUAAGCCAAUUGAGACGUUCUUACAAAAGGUCGUCGGUUUGCUAUCUUCCAAAGCUACAAACGGCUGUGAUAUCUUGGACUGCAUCGUGGCGCUUUCUGGGGCUUCUUUGGACACCGUGGAUGCCUGCAUGAGAAUAUGGGAUGCGAAACAUGGGUUUUUGUUGAUCCCGGGUCUUCCUCAGGGGCUCAUCGCGAGUACCCAGGACCGAAGCAAAUCACCCAUUCCGACACACUCGACGACGGGAGACAUUGCCACCAUCAAUAUAAGCAGGAAGAACACGCCAAUCGAUCCGGCCGCGCACAAAUUCAACGUUCCUACCGCGGUCGUUUAUGUUAUGGUAGCAGGCUGGCUUCAGGACGAUGACGCCUCCAAGGGCACCAAGGACGCAAUUCACUCGAUAGCUGGCUUACUCGGUAUUUUACCGAUGUACUCCGAUGUUUCGAAGGCCCUACUCAUCAAGGCAGCAACUUUCUGGCAGAAGAUAGAAGAUGACAUAAUCCAGGAAGAAGCCUGUCUCGCAGCUCUAAGGAAAGCACUAAAAGCGAAAGACCCAAAGGGUACCGCUCUACUGCUCGAGCAGAUUGGAGUGCCUGACACGACUGAGCUCGAUGAGGAAAUGAUGAAGCUCCCAGCUGGAGUCAUGGACUCGGUGGAAAGAAUCGGUGACAGCGAAGUCGCGAUGACCUUCUCGCUCGCUGCUCUCACGCAGUUGCAGCGUGCCGCCAUGGGCAUACCAGAAGGUGCUCAUGCGCUCAUGCUCCAGCUAUCGCUUGAGUACAACAACGAAUCACUGCCUUCAUUUUGCCUGCAUUACAACACAGACCCGCAUUCCGAAACGUUGGCUCAUACAAGAUAUGUCUGCUCAGCGGAGUCUGAAAACCCCACGAAGCAGAUAUGCACUUCUGCGCAGACAGCACUUACGUGGCAACUCAGCCGCGUUAUCUUCUCAGAGAUACGUCGGGGAACAACAGGCAUUGCGGACAUUUUCCAGCACAUCAACACGUGGCUACCCAAACUAGCUCAGCUGUGUGUGUCGUGCAGUGCUAGGAACGCACAACCCAUCCAGCUUCGGCGCUCUACUCCCUGCACAAGCAAUCCAUACGCCUGCGCUCAACUCUGGUACAACCUGCCUCUCCACGUUCGCGUCCCCGAGAUCCGAGCAGACAUCUUCGCCGUCGAUAUGGCCCUCACUUCCGUCUAUGCUGCGGCCGUGGCCAACAUGCCCGAGCUCCUACCAAACUGCCCCAUCCGCGGUACCGAGAUCAUCAAGUUCAUUCUCAACGCCCUCCCGUCUAUGCGCGUCAUGCGCGACGCCGUCAACCUCUCCGCAGUCCUGGCAACCUACCACCCGCAGGCCGAGAAGCUCAUCUCCUGGGCCGUCGUGCAGCACCGCGGCUUCCUCGCCACCGCAACAGGACUUCUCAAGAUCCCCAACCUACCGCCAGGAACGCACCAAUUCGUGCUCGCCAACGCGAGCCCCAAGCUGGAGCAUGCUUUCGCGCACAGAAUCAAGCACUCGGACGGAGACACCACCGUCUUGUUCCACGGCACCCGUAUCGACCGCCUGCCCGCCAUUCUCGCUCAGGGGCUACGCGUUUGCUCGGGGACUGCACUGCAACGCACCGGUGCCGCGCACGGGAAGGGCAUCUACCUCUCCGACGACCCGGAGACGAGCUUCUACUACAGCGCGGCGGGUCUGAGCUGGAAGAACAGCGGGCUGAGUAACAUGCGCAUGGUGCUGGGGUGCGAGGUGGUCGGCACCGCCAGCAGGAUUCUGGGGAACAUCCACGUCGUUGCGGAUCCAGCGAGUGUGAUGGUGCGGUAUGUUUUUUUGUUUGCGAAUGGUAACGUUAGGGUGCCGAUUCGAGGCCAUGUGCAGCCGGCUAUGGCGAGUGCGAUGAAGGCAGUGAGGAGCGGGGCUGUUUAGAGCGUGGUGUUGUCGUUGCUGUUGGGGGGUCACCUACUGUUCUUGUGCCGAUAGCCUGCGGCUUUUAAUCGAGGUGCUGCUCUUCGUGUCAUCGCUGUGAUCAUGUCGACUUUGUUGACAAUGAAGUUGUCUUCAGUGCUACAAGGGGUAGCUAGGACAUUGUCAGGCUUCCACGUCCACUGAACAUGAAGCAAACCCAGGUCCGAUCAACAAAUCACCCCCAGCCGUCCAAGAUGUCUGAGAGGUGUGCAGCAAGCUCGACACGGCUGUGGCUUGUUUCGCAAAAGACCAGACCAGAAGCCGCUCGCUUAUCAUACCGGUAGC